AUGGCCGCCUUUAUCCGGUCCAAGCAGUCUGGCAUGCAGACUGACCUGUCUGCGUCUAUCUUGCCCGGACUGUUUACAAUUGACGACGAAGCUCGAUAUGGCAUCAACUCACAAAUAAGUACGUUUGCGUACGACCCGGUGCAAUCACUGCUGGCAGUUGGCACAAACGAAUCACAGUAUGGAAGUGGACAAAUCUAUAUAUUCGGCAGGGACCGAGUCCAAGUCACAAUUAAAUUGUCUCGGCGAGCAUCGGUCAAAGAAUUGCGGUUCUGUGCAGACAAAUUGCUGAGCCUUGACACGAAGAAUGAGCUGACGGUUUGGGACCUAAUCGGAGGCGGCAAGAAGAUCUGCAGCUACACAGCACCUGGCAUAGUUACAUGCCUGGCAACAGAUCCUAUGCUUGACUGGGCAUUCCUGGGACUACAACAGGGCGAAAUUGUUGCGUUUGAUCUUGACCGUGAGAGGGCAGCGCCGCUCCGAUUGCCAAACUUUUGGCGUGAGAGAAGUCCGAGGUCUCGGAUUCUAUCUGUUGUUACCUUGCAAUUACACCCCAGGGAUAUUGGCCAGCUUCUUAUUGGAUACACAGAAGGUGCCGUGAUUUAUUCAUUCAAAGAGGCAAAAGCUACGAAGUUCUUUCAGUAUGAAGUUCCACCCGGCGCCCCAGGGGGUGCCUCCGACCCUAACGUCGUUAGAGAUGCCCGCAGGCCCCGGCUCACACAGUGUUUAUGGCAUCCAACUGGGACAUUUGUUCUUACGGCACAUGAAGAUGGCAGCCUUGUUUUCUGGGAUCCAAAGGAUUGUAGAGUUGUCAUGGCUCGCACUCUAGACGAUCUACACGUAGAUCAGCCAGGUAACAAGCCUGGUGGCUCCAAAGGGGGCCUGUCUAUUAAAGAGCCGUAUUCUAAGAUUUCAUGGUGUGCGAAGACCAACCCUGAUGACACGGGCUUGUUAAUCGGCGGUGGGGUUCCAAUGUCUGCGCAAACUAAGGGACUUACAUUUUUGGAGCUUGGUCCUACACCGGUUUAUGCAACUUCGUCAUGGCAAACUUUAACCGACCAUUUCAAGGGAAAACAGCAGAAGCUCCUCGAGACACCGGCCGGUGCAGAGGUCAUUGAUUACUGCCUUAUCCCUCGCGCCUCACCUCAUUUUGACGGCGCACAAGAUCCUAUUGCUGUCAUCGCCUUAUUGUCAUCAGGGGAGCUUAUUACACUAUCAUUUCCCAGUGGGCAUCCUAUAUCGCCCACUAACCAGCUGCACCCGUCGCUGACAUUUGUUCAUCCAUUUGUUGUUUCAUGUUCAGUCACAACCGUCAAUAGAACUAGGUGGCUAGGAAUGACGGAGAAACGUCAGCAAGGUCCCCCCAUAUUGCGUGGCGGCGUGGGAGGAAGCAAAAGCGUCCGCAAACACGAAGACAGGACAAUCAUACAGACAGCACAUGGCGAUGGCACAGUUCGAAUCUGGGAUGCAGGAACCUCGGACAAGUUGGAGAAUAGCGGGGUUCUUCAGAUUGAUGUAGCUCGAUCACUUGGACGGUAUGAAAACAUUGAAAUCACGGCCAUAAAUAUGGCUGGCCAAACCGGAGAGAUGGCUGUUGGCACGAAGUCAGGUGAGGUUGCCAUUUAUAGGUGGGGUGGAAACAAACUCAAGGGGUUUGAGCCCCCCCCUCCUGUUGCUGUCAGGCCAGGAACCAUCGAGAAUAUUAGCGACAGAGUCGAGCCUGGGUUGAGGGAGGGCUUGCAACCGUUUGUUCUUUAUAACAUGGCUCAUGGGCCUAUUUCUGCGUUGAAGAUGUCUGAUGUGGGCUUCAUCAGCGUUGGAUCAGAAGAUGGCACUUUCGCGAUUAUCGAUCUUCGGGGCCCAGCAAUAAUAUUUGACGGUUCUCUAAAUGACUUUGCGAAGCAAGAAAAAAGAGGUAGCCUUUUCAACAGAAGCAGCAGCCACGGUGGACCCCAAGCUGACUGGGCUGUCUCGAUUGCCUUUGGUGUCUUGACCCUCGACAACGACGAAUAUUCAAGCAUAUGCUGCUUCGUUGGCACUAACCUGGGGCGAGUAGCUACAUUUAAGAUUCUGCCGCAGCCCAAUGGAGGCUACACGGCACAGUUUGCGGGAGUCUCACAGCUGAAUGACCGUGUUGUCUCCAUCUGCCCGAUUAUCGCAACUUCUGGACAGCCAGCUGUAGCCGAUGGUCCCACAGUAGCAUCACUCCGCGAAGGACGAAUCAUCCCUGGAAUGCUUGUAGUCGUCACCGAAGCUGAAGUACGGGUCUUCAAACCGGCUACCGCGAAGGGAGCGCAGAAAACUUGGGAUGAUUCGACAGUCAUGUGCCACGCCGCAUCAGUAACCCACUUCCUCCUCCACGGCUACGCCAUCGUUGGUGUCUUCGGUGACGGUACCGCACGCGCCUACUCUAUCCCCGCCCUCAAAGAGCUAGGUGUGCAGAACCUGCCGAUGCUCGACAAAUCCCGCAUCUCAAGCAGCAUCGUCACGCCCUCAGGCGACAUAUUCGGCUGGGCCGGUCCCUCCGAGCUUGCGAUGCUGAACGCUUGGGGCACCGGGCAGCCACUCGCGCGCUCUGAUGACCGGCUGUUCAAUAUCGAGGCACUUAUCCCGCCGCGACCGACGAUCUCCAACAUGCAGUGGAUCUCAGGGACGAUGUAUGUCAGUCCCACAGACCUGGAUUUACUCAUUGGAGGGCCGGAUCGCCCGCCUAGCAAGCGUAUGAUGGCGGCGGCGGCCGAGGAGCAGCGAGCGUCGAACCAAGCACGGCCAGGACCUAGUGCCAAAACGGAGGGCUGGGGUGAUUAUAUGACGAGACAGUUUAAUGAGAGGACGGAGCAGCUGGGUGUUAUGGGUGAUACGAUGGAGCGUACACAUGAGAGCAGUGCCGGGUGGGCGGAUGAUGCGAGCAAGUUUGUGAGCAAGCAGAAGAGGAAUAUUUUGUUUAAGUCUGUGGCUGGGAAGUUCUUUUAA